AUGGCUCAUCCAUGGAAGCACCAUGUCGACAGGUUCUGCCGCCAAUAUCUCCAGCUGGAGCCCAGUCUCGACUUCCCGCCGGCCGAGUAUCUCAAGCUGGACACCGUGCAGGAGCUCAUCUACGAGCGACUCUUCGCCGACGAUGCCCUCUUGUACGCCCCGCCCGACAGAUAUCGACUCAGGACCCUCAAGCAGCUGAUUGCGCGCAUCGAGGCUUCCAUCGACGACUGGGAUGAGCACGCCGUGUCUGAUAACCUCAUGUCCCUGCUCCCCGUGCUCCUGUCCGCGCCGCUGCCCUCAGAGGCGGCAUCAGUCCAGCAGAAGCAUUACGUGACGUACAGCCUAUCCCUUUUGGACCGUGGUUUGGGCGAAUCAGAUGAGGCGCCCAGCAUCACGUUGCUUGAGAACCGCUCCCUCAUCUCUGCUGGGGGCACGACAGGCCUCCGAACGUGGGAGGCUGCGCUUCAUCUUGGCCAAUACCUCUGCCAGAACCCGUCCGUGGUCGCCGGGAAGCGCAUCCUGGAGCUCGGCGCGGGCACUGGCUACCUCUCCGUCAUGUGUGCCAAAUACUUGGCUUGUCGGCACAUCGUCGCGUCGGACGGCUCCGACGACGUCAUCAACAACCUCCCCGACAACCUAUUCCUCAACAGCCUGCAAGACUCACCGCUCGUUACACCAAUGGAUGUCAAAUGGGGACAUGCUCUUGUUGGGACGGAAGACCAGCAGUGGAACGAGGGCCAGUCCAUCGACGUUGUGCUCGGGGCAGACAUCACCUACGACCGGAGCAACCACCCCGCACUGGUGGGCACCAUUCUCGACCUCUUUGAGCUGCACCCUGAUGUCGAGGUGUACAUAGGAGCAACGCAGCGCAACGAGCAGACGUCCCAAGUCUUCCUCGACACCUGUAAGCGCUCUGGCUUAACAGUAGACGACCUGGAGUACCCGGUAAUGUCGACAAAGCGCCAGCAGGGCCCGUUCUACAAUGACAGGGAUCCCAUCCACAUCUAUAGGGUAUCGCGAGCAUGA